GGCUCCCUGCGCAGCGGAAACAUGGCGGCGGGAAGGGAGUGAGCCGCCCCGCGCCGCCGCCAGCCCGCAGAUUUCUCCAUCUUGCUAAGGAGGAACGCUUUCUUCUUUGAUAUAGCUGAUGGUACCAUGCAAAAAUCGGAUCCUCGAAAAGAAAUAGACUGGAAUGAUGUUAGAAAACACAAAUAUGGUCACCUUUCAGAGUCUGCAUCCCAAUAUCAAGAAGCUACUGACGUCUUGGAACUAGGUCAUUUUACCUGGGACAAAUACCUAAAAGAAACAUGUUCAGUCCCAGCGCCUGUCCAUUGCUUCAAGCAGUCCUACACACCUCCAAGCAACGAGUUCAAGAUCAGCAUGAAAUUGGAAGCGCAGGACCCCAGGAACACCACAUCCACGUGUAUUGCCACAGUGGUUGGACUGACAGGUGCCCGCCUCCGCCUUCGCCUUGAUGGCAGCGACAACAAGAAUGACUUCUGGCGGCUGGUUGACUCAGCUGAAAUCCAGCCUAUUGGGAACUGUGAGAAGAAUGGGGGUAUGCUGCAGCCCCCUCUGGGAUUUCGGCUGAAUGCCUCCUCUUGGCCCAUGUUCCUUUUGAAGACACUAAAUGGAGCAGAGAUGGCUCCCAUCAGGAUUUUCCACAAGGAACCACCAUCACCUUCCCACAACUUCUUCAAAAUGGGAAUGAAGCUAGAAGCUGUGGACAGGAAGAACCCUCAUUUCAUUUGCCCAGCCACUAUUGGGGAGGUGCGGGGCUCAGAGGUGCUUGUCACCUUUGACGGGUGGCGAGGGGCCUUUGACUACUGGUGCCGCUUCGACUCCCGGGACAUCUUCCCUGUGGGCUGGUGCUCCUUGACUGGAGACAACCUACAGCCACCUGGCACAAAAGUUGUGAUUCCAAAGAAUCCCUAUCCUGCAUCUGAUGUGAACACUGAGAAGCCCAGCCUCCACAGCAGCACCAAAACUGUCUUGGACCAUCAACCAGGGCAGAGGGGGCGUAAACCAGGAAAGAAGCGGGGCCGGACACCCAAGCCCCUAAUUCCCCACCCCAUCUCUACCCCAUCCAAGUCAGCUGAACCUUUGAAAUUCCCAAAGAAGAGGGGUCCCAAACCUGGCAGUAAGAGGAAGCCUCGGACUUUGCUGAACCCACCACCCACCUCACCAACAACCAGCACCCCUGAACCGGAUACCAGCACUGUACCCCAAGAUGCUGCCACCAUCCCCAGCUCAGCCAUGCAGGCCCCCACAGUUUGUAUUUACUUGAACAAGAAUGGCAGCCCCGGCCCCCACUUAGAUAAGAAGAAGGUCCAGCUGCUCCCCGACCAUUUUGGGCCGGCCCGCGCCUCCGUGGUGCUGCAGCAGGCCGUCCAGGCUUGCAUCGACUGUGCGUACCACCAGAAAACCGUCUUCAGCUUCCUCAAACAGGGCCACGGUGGCGAAGUAAUCUCAGCCGUGUUUGACCGUGAACAGCACACUCUCAACCUCCCAGCAGUCAACAGCAUCACCUACGUCCUGCGCUUCCUGGAGAAACUCUGCCACAACCUUCGCAGUGACAAUCUGUUUGGCAACCAGCCCUUUACACAGACCCACUUGCCACUCACCACCACCGAGUACGGCCACAGCCGCGACAGGUACCUACCAGGUGAGAGCUUUGUCCUGGGGAAGAGUGUGACCCGGUCUUUGGAGCCACACUCAGACUCAAUGGACUCUACCUUGAAUCCCACCAACCUUGUCAGCAGCUCCCAAAACCUUCGAACCCAUGGGUACCGGCCUUUGGUUCCAUCCUGCGGCCUCCCGCUGGGUACUGCCUCAGCUGUGCGCCGGCUCUGCUCCAGGGGCUCUGACCGCUACCUGGAAAGCCGGGAUGCCUCUCGACCGACUGGCCGGGACCCGUCCUCGUGGACAGUGGAGGACGUGAUGCAGUUUGUGCGGGAAGCCGACCCUCAGCUUGGACCCCACGCGGACCUCUUUCGCAAACACGAGAUCGACGGCAAGGCCCUGCUCCUGCUGCGCAGCGACAUGAUGAUGAAGUACAUGGGGCUGAAGCUGGGGCCCGCUCUCAAGCUCUCCUUCCACAUUGACCGGCUGAAGCAGGGCAAGUUCUGAACCGAGAGAGGCAGCCUGGACACCUGUGGGAUCCGCCACAGGGGGUCAGCAUUCUCCCUGGAACGGGGAGCCAAGCAGCCCCCAGCUAGCGCCUCCAUGGACUUCAGGGCCGCCUCAGGACUCCGGAGGCUGUGUGAGCCACCGCUGCUCCCCCUCCCUGCCAUGAUACGUCCUUCCAUGAAGGACUGAGGAGGGGAGAGUGUGUGGCCCGGGGCUGGCGCUGCUCUUCCCCUCAGCCCGGCCUCGCCUCUGAGGUCCCUCCGUAUUUAUUUCUCAAGCCUGGUUGGCCUCUCACUGGGCGUUUAGACUGAACACCUUUCAGGUGAUGGAGGAAGGGGCUGACCCCUGAGGCCUCAGAGGAUAGGGCCCUGAACUGACACUUGGGCCCAGGCUCCCAGCCACCUGCUGGGCCCAGUGCGGCACCCCACUGCCCCCCAGCACCUGCCACCUCCUCACAAGAGCUUCAGACUCCAAACUCGUGGUGCAAACCUCUACCUUUUUUAAAAAAAGAUCUUUUCUUAUUGUUUAAAUUUAUUGUUUCUAGCACUAGGGCAGGCCCCCCAGUACAUACUCCUCUCUCUCCAGACACUGGGUUUCGGGAAGAGAGAGUCUGUGCCGCCCUGGUCCCAGAGACGUUUAGGCCCUUUACAAGGACAUCGCCCGAAGGCACUUUCUCUGUGAGGUGGACAGAUCCUUCAAGCCUUGACCAUAUCACUCAGCAUAGGGAGGACAGAGUUCCUGUCACAUUCCCCUCUUCCUCCGCUGGGCCUUUUGUCGCCACGGGCCUCGUCUGUGGGAAUGGGAGUCCCUUGUCCCACACUGCCCCCUACCACAGCUCCUUGCCUGGGCCGGGACUGCUGCCGAAGAAGGUUAGGCCCCGUGAUUCUCGGCCACGAGGCUAUAAGGUGGAUGGGAGGAAAGGGUUUGCAGGCUGGAAUCUGGUUGUACCCUCACCUGUCCAAACGCUUCCUUUAUAAGCAAGUCAGCAGCACAGCGCCCCCGCUGCCAUCUGGACUUCUUUUAUGUCAAUUUGUUUAUAAAUAAAAACCAAUUUAGAUGCCA